AUGGCUACUCGAUCAUUUUCUCAUUUUGUUGAGCAAGAAAUGGGGAAGUUCUCACAUUUUGUGAUCUAUGUGUUGCUUGAAUGGGUGCUGAUAUUCAUACUGUUCCUUGAUGGGUUUCUUGCAUUUGUGGCAAAUGAGUAUGCAAGAUUCUUUGAAUUGCAUAUCCCUUGCUGGCUGUGCACCAGGUUUGAUCAUGUUAUGGUUCACAGAAAUCCUGAUUUCUAUUACAACGAAUCUGUGUGUGAGGCUCACAAGAAGGACAUGUCGUCUUUGGCAUUUUGUCACAACCACAAGAAGCUCUCCGACAUAAGGAAGAUGUGUGAGGGGUGCCUACUUUCAUUUGCAACGGAGAAGGAAUCGGAUUGUGACACCUACAAGUCCCUUGUGGGGAUUUUGCAUAAGGAUUUGGAGUGCUUUGUUCAGGAAGGCCAACCCAUUCAAUUGAGUUUGAAGGAUGAAGGGUUCAUACCGUUUGAGAGAAACAACAAUCAAAAGUGUUCAUGUUGUGGAGAGCCUUUGAAAAUGAAGACUUCCUAUGCAAAAGUGAAGCACUCCGCAUCAUUUUCGCGAGCCCCGAAUCCUUCACCGCGAGCUUUCCCAUUUUCAUCGUUAAAAAGUGAUAUUCCUCAUUCUCUAGAAUUGCCUCACAUGAGGUACAGAGAACUCAAGUUUACGUCAGAUCACGAUUCCGAGCUUCAAGAGGAUGAGUAUGGCUACCAUGUUAAUAGUCCGAAUGUUAAAUUAAGGGAAGACAACAAAUCUACCAACAUACCUUCUAUGUUGUCAGAAGUUGAUGAUUUGAAUGAUGAGUCCAGCAAAUACACCCCAACUUUUACAAGGGGCAAUAAGUUCUUUGGAAUCCCACUCACCGAUUCUGCAAACAACAGUCCCAGAUGGACCUACAAAUUUAGCAGGAAAUCACCACUGGAGAAGACAGAAUUUGCCUCUGACUCUAAUGAGGUAACACCCCAAAUUGAUUUUGAAGAUGCAGUCUUAAACAAUUUGAAGAGACAAGUUCGUUUGGAUCGCAAAUCACUCAUGGCUUUGUACAUGGAGCUAGAUGAAGAAAGAAGUGCUUCAGCUAUUGCUGCCAACAAUGCAAUGGCCAUGAUCACCCGGCUACAGGCUGAAAAGGCAGCGGUGCAAAUGGAGGCUUUGCAGUAUCAGAGAAUGAUGGAGGAGCAGGCUGAGUAUGAUGAAGAAGCCCUGGAAGCAAGUAAUGAAUUGCUUGUCAAAAGAGAGGAAGAACUAAAAGCUUUAGAAGCUGAAUUGGAGAUUUAUAGGAAACAAUAUGGAUGCUUAGCACAAGGACAUGCUUCUAGUAGGGAAACUAACUCUUCUCUUGGUACUAGCUCUUCAUUCAGGCUCAAUGAAGGUCAUGAUAAUGGAGAAGAAAAGGGCCUCAAUUCUAAUCAAGCUGUGUCAUCUCAUACAGAAAAUGGAGGGAUAAGACGCAAUGAAUCAAUCAAAGACUUUAAAGCAGAGAGAGCAUACCGUUUUGGCCGGAUGAGGAAAGUAGAAAAUAGAAUACCCGUUGAAGAAAGUGGAAUUAAUUCCUUACUUAAAGCCUCUGACACUUUUAAUAAUUUAGAUAAUGAGACAGGAAAAGGAGGCGAAGUCUUUCUACCAAAAGAACUGUCUUUUCUUACUGAAAGGGUGAAGGCUCUGGAAGCCAACAGUGGAUUCUUAGACCUUGUUUCCAAUAAAGAUAAGAAAGAUAGUGAAGACACCCUUAAUGAUCAUAACUCAAACGGUAGCCUCGAAUCCAAGUAA